AUGGGAAAAAAGCACAUAUUCUCAUUUUUCCUUCCCCAGCACGACGUCCCACCGGGAAAGCACGCCUUCAUCGUAAUCAGCCAGCCCAAAGGCAACCUGGUGUGGAUCUCGACGGAAGCUUCCACUGCGACCAUUGCCAGCGCCACCAGCGACAAGGACAAGAAGUACCGACCCCGGCUGCACACCUGGAACGAGUGCGACAGCGUACAGGACAGUACCAAUCCAAAGUGGAAAUCCACGGACUACAUUACAGUGUACGACGGCUACACCACACGAGAUCCGGUCAUCCUGAAACUAUGUGGCGGUGGCGAAUCCAUUCCGGCAGCUAUUUCCAGCGGACCUGAACUACUAGUGGAGUUCACAACCUCUCCGUUUGGAACGUUCAGCAAUCCAAAGACCAGUUCACACUCGCUGCACGGUUUCCAGCUAGAGGUCUCGGUGAAGUUCGUCGACCUCCAGAGUCCCACCUACGCCAAGAGCAAACGCAUCUGCGAAUUCUGGCUGCGAGGUACCGGUCACGGGGUCCUGCAGAAUCCCCAGCACUCGUUAGCCCCGAACACCACCUGUCUCUAUCACUUGCAAGGUACUGAAGCUCUUUCACUAGAUGCUAUCAACAUUCCGAGAAGGUCCGGAGCGUUGUCCACAUCGCCGACACGCUUCAAGGUGUGGAUUUCGAUCAUGAAGUUCGAGUUGGCGCCGGAGUUUGGAGCAAACGAAGAGCAGUUGAUACAGUAUCAGACCAAAGAGGACUGCACCGGGAUGCUAAGGAUUUGGGACGGACCACUACGGGAGGUUCCGGUCUGCAAGGACAUCGAUUGUCUGGCCAUGGAUAAGGACGGCCACCUACGGCCGACGAUUCGCUUCGGACAGAACAGUACAAAUGUCAUAGCUCGGUACUGUGGCGGAACGGUACAACGGUCGUGCGAUCAUGGUAUGCUGAAUGUAUCCAACGCGCGACCUUGUACGCUGGCGGAGAGUUUCGUGUCGAGCAGUGACUUCGUGACGCUGGAGCUGAGGACAACGGAAUCGACGGUUCUGCGGCCUCUACAGUUUGCAUUGAAGUACGAGUUCGUGGACUUUAUGCAGGAUGGGUUGCCGAUCAGUGGAGAGAACGACUGCAAUCGGAGGUUUGUAAGCAGUCAGAUGGAGAAGAAAGGGCCACACCCGGUGCGAAGCGUGAGGAAUAUCUUCUUGUUCGGCAGAGGCGGAGCAAAGCACCUGCAUUGCGUGUAUCGCUUUGAAGCACAACGUGGUGAAAGGAUUCGAGUGGAGAUUUCUAAAGCUAUGACGGGAAACCGAACAUGUGAUUCGCGAGUUGAUCCGGACACUGGACGUUCGUACUGCUUCGGAAACAACAGUGCCAGGAUAGAGAUCUUCGAACGGCCUUGGCACGAAUCAAUUCUGUUUCCACGUGGAUGCAUUUGUAAUUCGACAAACAGAUCUUAUCUACCGAUUGUGUUUACGUCUACUGGGCGCGAGGUGGAGAUUCACUUCCGGGCUGGGAACAUGACCAGUAUAGAUGAUCCAGAUUCGUUAAACUUUGAGGGAUCUUUCGAGUUCGUUAAGGCACCGCUCAUGUGUAAAGAUGUACGGAGGAAAAACGCUGUUACCGGAGUUGUGAAUCUUUCCACUGGAGAGAUGGAAUGCCGUACCCGUCCCUGGUUGAUAGAGCCUUCGCACGAUAAGUACAUCUACAUCCGCAUGCGUGGGCUGUUUCUACGUAAAAGCGAUCCAACUAUGCCGAUGAAGUACAACGCUAGUCUCAGUACGGUAACACCAAUUCGGUGUAACACAAAGUCCCGCGUAAUUAUAUCCAACAGUGAAGGCGUUUCGCUAACGGCAUGCCCGCUACCGGACGAAACACCCCACCGUCACAUGGUAGAAGUCUUCAGCGCAGGAUGGACUCAUUUGCACCCGCACUUUGGAAUUGAGCCAUCGAAGGUAAUCUCCGUAGAGUUCCUGCAUCCAGACGAUCAGACGUAUUCGUUCACCUGGCUCGAAAUAUCCAAGCGGGGUUCUCAAGGCUUCUCGAUGGUUCGAGAGGAAUGCCAGUUUACGUGUCCUGGUCUAGAUGCUUGCGUCAACGGAUCCAUCUUCUGCGACGGAAUUGAGCAAUGUCCUUCCGGCGAAGACGAAUCGUUUACUCACUGUUCGGCUUUGCUUCGGUUGCCAGCCGAAGUCCUUGCCGGCUUCAGUGUACUUCUGCUCUUGCUAUGCUGUGGUCUGAUUGCUUACGUGUACCGAAAAAUUAAGCGUCGCUGCAGACGGCCGUCCGUAUUGCAGACCAGGCUCAAAUCGCUCAGCUCGAUGGAUACGGCCGUUUUUGACGAGAAAGAAGUGAUUUGCUGACAAAGCGACAAUUCUGUACGAUACGUGGAAAUAGACCGGGUAACCACGGUCUGACCACAUACCGUACAGAAUUGUCUUCCAGUAUUACGUCAGCGCAUCGCUGUCACUUCCAUCACCACCAUGACCAUUAUCACCAGCAUCGCUAAACUACUCAACUGAGAGGUAAGUCUCAGCGAACAGAGGACUGUUGCAGUUGAACUGCAAUUCGGUAGAUACGGAAAGGAGCAUUCGAAUACAUAGAUUUCAAGCAAACGUUAGUGGGUGGCCUCAUGGCAACUCGGAAUGUUAGUACGAGCAAGAUUAGUGAGGUGAACAAAUGAGACUAAACUGUCAUUUUUGUACUACGUUUUAGUAAUACUCUUAAUAAACUCUAGAAUGAAACCUAAGGCCGAAAAGUUUGGAGUUAUGAUCGAUAACGUUAGUGAAAAGUCUUCUAAGUCUAAUACCGACUUUCCAAUUACCUAAAUCUCUAACCUAAACUAAUCAAACUCCAACUAUAUAGGAUCAAGCUGAAACUGAAGAAACUGAAAGUUUUCGGGGAAUGAAAUUUUAUGAUAGAGCAGAACAAAAAAAAAGCUUUCCGAACACAAAGUUGCAUGCAAGCGAAGAGCUUUCAAGUCUACCAUAACCAAUAGAAAAAAAAAACAAUUCAUAUUCUGAUUGUAGCGAUGACGCAGGGCGGGCGCGGAAACAGUUGAAAGUUGACCUCAUUUCUCGAGGUCCCUACAUAACUCGAGCACGCCCAAAAGUUUCCCUCUAGCUCGGACGGUGAAACUCGGUGGCAAACUUGUUAAAUAUUGAAAUACAAAGCAAAAUUAAAAAGAAAAUAUUACCUAAAUCAAAAUAAAUGUGUAAAAGGUUGAUUAAGCAAAGAUUUUUAAAAUUAAAAAUAUGAUAUUUACUUAAAUCAAGACAAAGUAUAUUAACUAAACCAGAAACACAAGCAAAACAGUUA